CGAUAUCAGUUAUUCUGGUAGUCAGUGACGGGGCAACAACGCGCGCGACCGGUCGCCCUUGCUCUCUUGCCAUUUUUUCGCCAUUUUCUUUAUUUACGAAUACGCGUUUAGUGAUAAUUUUAAUGGACUAUUUCUAGAAAAUAAAAAUAUCUAUAAGAACUGAAUUCUGGGGCACAAAAAUGUCUGCAAUCAACUUCAAAGCCGUGAUCGCGAGAGCAAAAGUGGUGUUAAACCGCAGAUAGGUGUAAAAAUAAUGGUCAACCAUAAUACAUAGAAACUCACGGUUAUUCAUCAUUUUACAAAUAGCCGUUCUUAUAACCCUUGUAACGUUACUUUGCUCUUCCGCUUGUCCUUCCAUAGCAAUACCAAUAGUGCAAUUAUAAUUGAUAUAUUUACAAAUAGAUAAGCUGCAAUAACGUCGUAUAAGCAAGUAUCGACAAUAUUAAACAGGAAUUUGUACAAAGUAGUGCUGAGCUAAUUAGUUGAAUAAGAUAAUAUAGCAAACGCUUUUGAAGCCAUAUCAAGUUUUGAGCUGCCUUACAAGUGACAAAUUUAUAACUUAGUGCCAAAAGAGAAAGUACCGAAGAUGUCUCACGGAGUGGUGGCGAAAAAUUCGAAGAACGGGAAUGGUGCGCAGGCGCAGGCUUCCCCGCGCUCAGAGAGCCCGGCUCCACCACCCGACGGCGGCUGGGGGUGGAUUGUCGCCUUCGCCUCCUUUAUGGUACACAUUAUAACCGAUGGCAUGACCUAUUCGUUUGGUAUAUUCUACAAGGAGUUCCUAACCUACUUUGGGGAAGGAAACGGCAAGACCGCUUGGAUCGUGUCCGUCCUAAUCGGGAUGUCGCUCUGUUCAGGGCCCAUAUCAAGUUCCUUCGUUAAUCGGUGGGGCUGUCGUGCUGUGACAAUUUCUGGAGCAGUUCUAGCAUCAGCGUUUGUGGUGGUCUCUGCUUACGCUAAUGACGUCUUGACCCUCAUCAUCACCAUCGGUUUUUUCACUGGUUUUGGUUUUGGCCUGAUGUACCUGCCUGCCAUUGUCAGCGUUACUGUUUGGUUCGAAAAAAAAAGAAGUCUUGCUACUGGCAUUGCAGUAUGUGGAUCUGGCCUCGGAACAUUUUUGUUUCCCCCUAUUACGGAAGCACUUAUUGAAGCUUAUGGAUGGCGGGGAGCAAUGGCCAUCAUCGGGAUCUUCAUUCUCAACUGUGUUCCUCUGGGCUUGCUGUUUCGACCUGUUCCUCAACGAAGUCAAACAUCCGUAUCUGAGCCUAUGCUUCCAAAAUCAAACAAUAUUCCACUGAUAAGAUCCCAAAGUACAGAAAAUGUUAAAAGAACCAACGCGAACGGUCACAGUGAAGAAACCGACACAGCAAGACUAACACUUUCUCAACCAGCACUUAACAAACCACAGGAACAUAGACGCUCAAGACACGGUAGCGGUAUCAUGGAGAGACCUGAUGUAUUAUAUCAAGGGAGCAUGAGCAGUUUAUCAAAACACAGAGCAUCAUCACCAGAAAGAAUACAAGCUCGCCCAGAUCUUAACCCAGAAACGAAAAACAAUACAUGCGAAUGGUUGCCAUGUUCCGAAGAGUUCAAAAAAGCACUUUCUACAAUGCUCGAUUUCUCUUUGCUCGUAGAUCCUAUUUUCAUUUUAUUUGCACUAUCGAAUUUCUUGACCAGCAUUGGUUUCUAUAUUCCAUUCGUUUACAUCGUACCCAUGAGUGAGAAAUUAGGUGUUACAAAUUCUGCUUAUUUAAUUUCAAUUAUGGGGGCUGCAAACUUGUUUGGAAGAAUUUUCCUAGGAUUUAUUAGUGACAAACCUUGGGUUAACCGAUUGACAGCGUACAAUGUGUGCCUCAUCAUUGCUGGCAUUAGUACUGGAAUAACGAUGGUGUGCUGGGAGUUUUGGGGUUUUGCAAUUUACUCGACAAUAUUUGGAUUUACGAUUGGUGCAUACGUCGGUCUCACAUCUGUGGUGCUAGUUGAUUUACUGGGGUUGGAUAAACUCACGAAUGCUUUCGGCCUUUUACUACUUUUCCAAGGCAUAGCGUCACUUGUUGGAUCACCUCUUGCAGGUUGGCUUUUCGACACGACGCAGUCCUACGCGCCAGGGUUCUACCUGGCUGGAGGCACGAUAGGAAUAAGCGGACUUAUCCUUUUCCUUGUGCCCUGCUUGGAGCGGCGGAACAACAUCAGAUGGGCUGAAGAUACAGCCAUGGAACAAAUUUAGCAGAAACAGUUCCGAGGGACUAAUGAGUACCCGGUUAUUAUACUCAACAGUCCCUCCACAUCACCUUGUCCUUCUUCCGAUUCGGACACGUUUAGCAACAGGGUAAAAAAUAUUACAAUAAUAGAUGAGGAUACUUUUUAUAUCAAUGAAAAUAAUAAAUACGAUCUUGUAAAUAAUCAAAAGCAGUGUGAAUGGGAACGCUAUGAUGAAAUCCAUCAAACUCAUUCCAGAGAAAGUGAGGUUGCAUAUAGUUACAAUUUCUAGUGAUAAAUGGUGCAAUUGGCUAGUUUAACGGAAAGUACCGAUGGUCCUACUUUGUCUUCAGUACCGAAAAUUUAUUCUAAUUAAACUAUUAAGUAUAUAAGACAUAUUUAUCUAUAUAAUUUAUAAGGGAAAGUCUCCUGCAAUAAACUCAUAUAGUUUAUUUGAGAAGACUUUCCGUGAUAGUUUUGUAAAAAUGCAUGUCCCUCUAAUCACCUUUACAGAAAAUAGUAAAUUAUCUAUUAGAGGGCUAUGCGUUUCGAUUUUAAACUAUCAAUACAUAUUUUAAAGCACUGUCGCAUUAAAUGACAUUGUUCUGGGUUAUUUCUGUACAAAUGAAUUACUACACACAGAAAAGGUGAUAAUUAUUUUAAAUGCUCUAUGUUAAAUAUAUUGUGUGAUCCAUGAAUGCCGCACUUAUCUAGUUUUGUAUCACAUAGUUUUUAUCAGGUGCCAUAACAUGUAUAUUACGACUGUAACACAUAAUUGUGUAUAAAACUUAUAAGUAUGUUGAUUUUGUGAGUGAGUGUGUGUUUAUUAAUGGUGUGUCAAGUGUGUCUAUUAAUGGCCUUAAUGUGGACCAAACAAAAGAUAGCGUUUGUGGUCCAAACGACUAUCUAAAGCAUAAUCUAAUGCAAUUGUGAUUUAUUAGGAAAUACAUCGAUUAUUUUAAUUUCAUAAUAAUUAUCUACUUUAUUUUUGCAGUUAAUUAGAUGAAAAAUAUCUUCCACGUUGUGUUCAGUAGUGAUAUAUUUAUCGUCUGAUUGUUUUGCCGGGAUUAUGUUAGAACUACGAUGUAAAUACUUGGACUGAUGUACAUAGGUAAACAUUGUACAAUAUCAUUAUACACGGACUGUGCUGAAUCGCUAACUAAUAUCUUCGUACAAAUCUUUGUCUCUUUUAUUAUAUUGUUGAAUUCUUGCGCAUCUAAUGCGAUCUGUACAAUGAUGUUAUUACGCAUAAGUAAGUAUACCUAAAUUAAACAUAUUGGAAUUGAAUAAA